AUGAAAAGUAGUGCUUACAAGUCGGUGUAUGAAGUCAUGGAGUCAUCCAGAGACACAUCAGUCACGCCAACCUCAGUGGUUCCUAACGCUGGUGUGCUACCUAGAUCUUCCAGAUCACUGAAGUCUCCUAAAAACUUCCUUACGACCCCAGUUUUAACCAAAUUGGAACGGUCAUCGAAGAGUGGAAAGCAAGUACCCUAUGUCCAAGUCUCGAUGGUUGUACCUAGACUUGGCUGCCGGGCUGGGCCGGCCCGAGAGCCAAGUCUAGUUGUACCCGCUCGUUGGAACGUAAUCCCGAUGGUCAACCGAGUCAGUUUGGUCCCGGCGUGCUCUGUUGCCAGUCCGUGUUCCCGCCAAGCUCCGGAGCCAGUUCGAUGGAAGUGCCAAGCCGUGCCCGACUUGAGCACUUGGAGGAGAUGUGAGGCGGAACGACCGAACUGA